GAUAGCGCAAUCUCGGUAAUGUUGCAUCAGACUGAUGUUUCGGUAUUUUCUUAUAAUUAUUAACGUGAAAUUAUGCCCGGAAUCAUUAUUAUCUAUGUAAGACAACAUUAUGAGUUAUAACUACUUAAACUUUGCACUUUCCAUUAAAAGUAUCGGCUCAAAUUGCAACGCGUUGUAAGGUCUUUGUUGUCCAGCUGGAAACAACUCCGUGAAAGUUACAGACUCUGGCUGCUGCAGACGUGAAGUGAAGUUGUAGUUCUCUCCUAAAAAACAUGAAUGUGUCACUGCAGUCAGUGUUUGUAGGUUAUUUUUAUCUAUAAACUAUAAACUGUUGAUGAAAACAGUUAUGGCCAAGCAUGCAGUGCUGUCAUCGGGGGUCAAAAUGUGGAGAUCUCUGUCCUGUGCGAAGUCAGAGCUGCGCCUGGAUCUCACUCUGGCCUGUGGACAGUCUUUCCGCUGGAGAGAAACUGCAGAAGGCCACUGGACAGGAGUGAUGGCAGGACGAGUUUGGACUCUGACUCAAACGGAUGACACUGUUUGGUACCAUGUUUACAAAGACAAAGGCAUGCAGGGGGAGGGAUGUGACAGCAAGAGGGGAGCUGGUGUUUCUCUCCAGAUGGGAAACAAGUCAGACAAGAGCUUCAAAGCAGCUUUGAAAAAGGAGGAGCAGGAGGAGCCGGUGGCUGUGACUUCAGUGCACGACACAGAGGAGGAAGAAGACAUGCUGAGAGAUUACUUCCAGCUGAAUGUGAAGCUGGGAGAUCUGUACGAGGAGUGGGGAGCAGCAGAUCCCCACUUUAAAUGCAUUGCAGACGUCUUCACAGGUGUGCGAAUGCUGCGCCAGGACCCCACCGAAUGCCUGUUUUCCUUCAUCUGUACCUCCAACAACCACAUCUCUCGCAUCCAGGGCAUGGUGGAGAGGCUGUGCCAGGCUCUGGGUGCCCCACUGUGCCAACUGGAUCAAACCUCUUAUCACAACUUUCCUUCCCUUUCUGCGCUUGCAGACAGCAGUGUGGAGGCGUGUCUCAGGGAUCUCGGUUUUGGAUACAGGGCUCGCUUCCUUCAGCAGAGUGCAAAGCAAAUUUUGGACACCCACGGGCUCCAGUGGCUUGAAGGUCUACGCGGUGUCCCGUAUGUGCAGGCCCGUGAUGCUCUGCGUACCCUCCCUGGUGUGGGCACCAAGGUGGCAGACUGUGUAUGUCUGAUGUCCCUGGAUAAGGCAGAGGCCGUCCCCAUAGACACACACGUGUGGCAGAUUGCAAAACGUGAUUACAACUAUGCUUCUGGCAACGCACAAAAAAGCAUCACAGAUAAACUCCACAGAGAUAUUGGGGAUUUUUUCAGAAAGCUUUGGGGUCCUUAUGCUGGCUGGGCACAGUCGGUGUUAUUCUGUGCGGACCUUAAGAAGUUCCAAAAGCUGAAAGAAAUGCCAGAUCUGAAGCAGCCACUGAAAGAGGAAAAAGGUGGAGGAAAAAUGAGGGUAGCAUACAAGAAAACAAAAAUUAAGACAGAAGAAGAUGAAACUGUGAAGGCCAUGGAAACUAAGUCAGCAGGUCGCAAGAAAGCAAAGGUGUCUGUCUAGAAUGAUAUGACACACACAAACACACUUCAUACACAAGGACUUGGAUUACAACACGACACAUCAUGCACAAACUUUGUGCAGCUUCAUUUAAAAAAAUUAACUUUAAUAAAACAUAUAAAAGAUUUAUUGGUCGGGAACAUUUAACAACAACAAAUAGUAUAAAAAGAUUCUCAGGGUUUUAUAUAUUUUUAUGUUGUUUACUGUCUAUGCUCCUAUGAGUUCACUAAAGUACAAAUACAGGCAUUUGUAGGUUUUUUUUUA